AUGUCAGAUCAAAGACCUCGAGGUCAUGUCGCCGUGCCGGUAACCGAGCCGUCUCAACGACGCCCGUCCUGGCUGAAGAAAGCAAGUGAGCUUCAAGAUUUGUGGCUUUGGGGCGGGAACGUAGACACUGAGGCUUUGUUUCUUCUACCUACCUACGCAUCAAAUCCCCCAAAACAUUCACGUGUCGUCUUGGGUGCUAGUACACCAUCUCAUCACAUUCCAUAUCAUAUCAUCAUCCGUGCAAACACCAAUCACAAUAUCCAACAACCCCAGCAACCAACCAGCCGAACCAUGACAGUCACGUUACACAGCUCUCCAUCAAGCUAUCAAGUGUAUCAGUAUCAAAAUCAAGCACAACACGCCAUGUGGCUGGAGCAGCGGCAAGUUUGCCCUACCAUGCACAAAUCAACGCAAUUCAUCAUUGUUCAACCCAAAAUACUCAAAAUCAAUCAUAUUGGGAUCAUGGGCUGGAAGAUCAGAUGA